UCUUGGUAACAGAUGUAAACACAUGGCGCCCGUGUUGAACUAAAAACACUGUUUUCUGCUUUUACUGAGGGUCUUUUGUCGAAGUUGAGACCCUGAGUGUGGAAUCUUUUCUGGGAGCACACGGAGAGCGCCGCCUCUGAAGCUCGGCUGUGUGUCUGACUGGAUCAUUCACCGGUGUCACUUCUUGGCAGUCUGUGUUGAACCCCAGCUCAACGUGAUGGCUGAUGAACGUUUACGUACCACACUUGCAUACACGAAAAGCCCCAAGACUUCCAGAAGGACAACUUUCCAGGAUGAGCUUGAAGCUGCUGUUUCUGCACGAGCUAGCAGACAUAAAACAACCGAGAGCUACGCCUACUCUGAUGAUUUUGAUGACGAUGAUGAUGAUAUCCUCAACGAGCUGCUUAAGACGAGGAGAAAGAAGAUGGACGUGUUGAAGGCUGGAAGACCCAGAGCAAAGGUCAACGAUUUCAAACUAUCAGACGAUGAAGAGGAAAACGUCAAACCCAAGAAAGUGUCUUUCAUGAAAACCAGAAGGAGAAGCUCGCCUGUGCAGGAUGAGCUGGUUGACUCAGGUAAAAGUGGAAGAUCAGAUACGGUGGGCAGCUCAGACAGCCAAGGGUCUUUCCCCUCUUACCAAGGAAGGAACACUCCCCAAAGUACACGAGAAUCACUGACUCCAGAGAAAGGUCAUCAGGAUACACCUCUGACCUCUCAGCCUGAGUCACAUGCAGCUUGGAGGAACCAAUCAGAAUCACCUUUCCUGAGGAAGAAUUUCCAAUCAGAAUCAUUUGUUUCAAGGAAGAGCCUAUCAGAAUCUCCCCUGCCCUUGAAUUCAGAGAACAGUCAGUGGGAAUCCCCAUCGCUGUUGCCAUCAGAAGGUUCCCUGUUUGACAGUCCUCUUCCAUUGCCUUCUGAAAAAGAAGAGGACAGCCUAAGAAUGCCUGUAGGAGGAGACAGUGAACAACCUCUUCCUCAGCCCAGAGAAAGAAGUGCCAGACAAACAUCCCUGACUGGUUUGGUUGAAGACAAGCCUCCGAGACCUAGGCCUAGGCAGAGGACAGUUCACAUUGGCGGCAACGGUCAUGAUGAAGAGGAUGGACCAGUAGGAACACCAUCUAGCAGAGCAGCCACCUCCUCUGUGUCCAUACCACUGUCCUUUACUGAUGGGCUCACCACCACAACUGGAUCAUCUGACAGAAUGGGGUCGUUUGGGAGUGACGGCGUCCAGCAUACAGAAGAGCACCAAACAAUGUCAUUCUCAUCGGCACAGAGGGGGUACGAGGACCUUAUUGGCUCACUAGAGGGCACUGGAAGCGUUGAUUUGUCAGUAGUGGAACAGAGCAAGGAGGAAAAACACUCCACAUCCUUUGAAGAAAAUCAACAGGAAGCCUCAGAAGAUGUUUCUCGUGUAACAGCAAGUAGGCAAAGCCAAAGUACCAUCAAAUCACAAGACAAACCUCAGAGUUGUCGACCAGCAAGCUCCAGAAAGUCCAAGAGUGCAUGUUCCUACACUACGGAAUCCAAAUAUCUGGGCACUUUAAAGGUUUUGGACCAGAAGAUGGGUUUACAGGAGACCCAGCCAGAGGCUGCUGAUCCCUUGAGGGCUGCUGUCUACCAGAACUGGCUGAAGAAGAAAGAGGAGAAACUGCAAGCAACCAUGAAGGCAAAAAAGCAAGAAGAAAAACUGAAAGAGGAGAAAAAGGCAGAGGAGGAGAUGAGCAAGAAAGCAGAGGCGAAGGCCUCUUACGAAGCCUGGAAAGAAAAGAAACGUGAAACCAUAAAAGAGAAGAUCAGGGAAAAGCAGGAGGCAGAGAGAAAACAGCAAAAAGAAAAGGAAGAAAAAGAAGAGAGGAAAGAAACGGCAAAAAGAGUUUUCGAGAAAUGGAAACAAGAGCACAGCGAUCACCUACGAGAGCAGCAAAGAAAACAAGCCCAGGCAGAGAGCAGGCUGAAAGAGGAAAAGGAGAAAGAGCAAGAGGAGAGGAAAAAAGACUGCAACUCUUCAUUCACUCAAUGGAGUGAAAGGAAAAAAGAUGCCAUUGAGAAGAAGAUGAAAGCAGAAUGGAAGAAGGAGAAGAUCAAGGAGAUAGAAGAGAAGUACCAGAAAGAGGAACAAGAGAAGACGGCUUUGGAAAUGUAUGAGAAAUGGCUGAAAAGAAAAGAGUUUCAACAGAAAAGAGAGAAACACGAGAAGAAAAUCAAGGCCAUUGUUCAAGAGGAGCCUCCUCCCCCAUGGAGUCCACCCAACAGAACCAUUCCCUUUGGUAAAUAAGCCUUAUCCCGCUGGCAUCUCCACCAUAUCUGUGUAAUGACUGAUGAAUCAGACUGAUACCAAAUCCGACACAAUGACUGAUACCAGGACUUUGCGUGCAAGUCCGCACCAAAUCCAAUUAAGUGACAGAUUUGUUGAAUCAUGCUUGUACAUUUUCGUUUUGUCUGAUGUUUUGCGGAAGAACACUAAUGAAUACGUUAGCAGUGCUUUUUAAAAGUACUUUGCAGAUCUUCACAGACUUUCAAGGGCGCAGCUUUCUGAGUGGCGUUCUUCAUGAAAAUGUAGGUGCUCACUUUAAAAACUUGUAUAUAAGUUAUUCAUGACACGAUUUAUUCAAUCUUGCGCAACUUCAAUCCUUCAAAUUUGAAUCAUUGUCGUCUAAAUGUGUGUCAGUGGUUUAGUUAGCUAGAACGGAACAUGUUCUGUGCUAAGGAAGAGCUGUUAUCAUGCUAGCUUGGCUGACACUAACCAGCUCCUCUCUCCUAGUUGGCAGCACUGUUUAACAUUUACCAACUUUUACGUAGAUCACUUAAUGGCCAAUUUUGCAUCACUAACGGGCAAUUACUUCCAGCCAUACAAGACCAGGGGUCGUAUUACAGAAUCUUCCUGUUCCUGAUAGAUGAAGAUAAGAUUUUCCACAAAUUUGUACUACAGAAGCAAAUCUUAUCUUAACUAAGCAAUUUUGUCUUACCUCCCAGCAUCUCAUCUUAAGUUAGGAAAUCUUAACCUGCAUGAUUGAAGUCGAUAAUCAACUGUCAUGUCUGGUACCUAGCAACUGCUGAUAUACACAUAGCUGAAACCUAAACACAUAGAAUAAUCAGGUCAGGGAGGCUGACAGCUAAUGUUAGUUACCAUCACUGAUGUAAAAGAAAGCUAAAAAAAAACUUAAGCGCCAUAAACUUGAAGUUAAGAAUAUUGUGUCAGCGCUUGCUAAAUUUCCUUCGGGAUCAAUAAAGUAUCUGUCUGUCUGUCUGUCUGUCUGUCCCAAGCUGUUUAUCAGAGCAUCACGGCUCUACAGUUUCCCAAACGCUUUUGCUGGCUGCGCUAGCAUUAUUCCUCCUGAUUAACAGAUUCACGUUCAGCUCUGUCUCAUCAUAUUUCAUCACAAUCACUGUAAAAUUUUAGCUGACAGGUUUUCUUCAACAUUAACAAACAAAGGUAAUAAAGGGGACAGUGGAGAUUGUGUCUGCAGCGUCUAUGGUUUUAAAAUGCUCGUAGAACCCUCAUAAGUCAAAGCACCAUUUUUAAUGUACAUUAAUGUAACACCAUUAUACCAGUUAUAGAGAAUUAUGCUGCCUGUCACUGCAUAAAACAAUAGAAACAGACAGAAGUUAGGUUAAGAACUUUUAAGGUUAAACAGAAGUGUCUUAAAGUUAGAACAGAAUUUAGUCUAGUUAGGAUGUUUCUGUAAUACUGUUUUGUUAUCUGGACUUGGCUGAGAUUAUGAACUUAAGAACUGGUGUUCUGUAUUAGCUUCUUACCUAAAUUCAGUUCUACCUGAAGCUGUCAUGGUGACUGAACAGAGAAAAUGAGUUAGGAAGCUUUUGUAAAACAGCUCUAGGCUCCUGUCUCUUUGAAUACGGAGAGACCUAAAUACUCAAAACUGAAGGUCAAAUGACGUUUAAAAACAUAUUUGAAGUCACUGGUAAAAUCUGACAACAGUAGUUUGUAGCUUGUCUGAGAAAAGUUCUGGCUACUGCGCUUAUGCAGAUCUCGACAGUUGUUGGGGCGUAAAGCCCUUUCCCAUUCAUAUUUCAACCAGUGACCAGUCUCCUCCUUUAUAACAUCUCUGGCUAUACACUCAACAAACACACUAAAUUUCAGCUUUCACUCAAACCAAAGUCUCUUAACUUUGUGCUCUUCUGUUAUUUUAGCAUCAGUUAGCUGUUGUUGAUGUUGAAAUAACGUAUAGAUGAGACGGUACAAAAGCCACAUAAAUGCUUUAACGUAACUUGGGAUACUUUUAUGAAAUAUAUAGGUACUGCCCAACCCUACUGUUUAUAAAGUAAUUGCAACCUCACAGUCUUCCAUCAACACAAGAUUCCACUUUGAUCUGCAACAGUACAGAAUGUGCUGCCUGUCGGGAACAUUGGAGCUGCACAUCAUAUCUGUUUCUUUAUGAUCAAGUUACCAGGGUCAGCUUCACAACCUGUCAAACUGUACAAAAACAGAAUAAACUGAACUCUGAUUGGACGUAAAUAUGUAAUUCAUUUACAUACGCAGCGCCCUGGUCUAGAGGCACAUGCAGAAAACGCCAUAACAGUCAUUUUCUGUGCUUAAUUAUGGUUGAAUGUUUGAGGUCUUUUCACAUAAAAUAACCUUUUUACAGAUUAAAUGCACUGAAACCUUCA